ACUGGGCGGUGGGGCUAGUGAGAGCCGGGCUCGGUCGCUCGCCUGCGUCCUGGACUCUCGAGCCUUUCCCGCCUUGGGCUGCUCCUUGCUCAGCCUCACAGCGGCUCAUCUUCCACAUACAGUGGGGAAACUGAGGCCCAGGCACCGGGAGGAGUUCCUGCCAGUUCACUCUGUAGCAGGACAAGCCGCAGACAAGAACCCCUCAGACACCGAAUUGUAGAAGGAAAGGGCUUUAUUUAGUGGUGAGCAUCGGCAGACUCACGUCUCCAAAAACCGAGCUCUCUGAAGUUGUCUUCAGGCUUUGGAGCCACAGGCCGUGUCUUCUUACUUGAGCCCUGGUGCUCCCUUAAAAGGCCGCCCUCCUUCUCCUGGCUUCCAGAGGCAGAGGCAGAGGCAGAGGCAGAGGCGGGCUGCAGGCGGCAUCCUACACCUGGAGCUGCUGGUGGCCGUGGGCCCCGAUGUCUUCCAGGCUCACCAGGAGGACACAGAGCGCUACGUGCUCACCAACCUCAACAUCGGGGCAGAACUGCUUCGGGACCCGUCCCUGGGGGCUCAGUUUCGGGUGCACCUGGUGAAGAUGGUCAUUCUGACAGAGCCUGAGGGUGCUCCAAAUAUCACAGCCAACCUCACCUCGUCCCUGCUGAGCGUCUGUGGGUGGAGCCGGACCAUCAACCCUGAGGACGACACGGAUCCUGGCCAUGCUGACCUGGUCCUCUAUAUCACUAGGUUUGACCUGGAGUUGCCUGAUGGUAACCGGCAGGUGCGGGGCGUCACCCAGCUGGGCGGUGCCUGCUCCCCAACCUGGAGCUGCCUCAUUACCGAGGACACUGGCUUCGACCUGGGAGUCACCAUCGCCCAUGAGAUUGGGCACAGCUUCGGCCUGGAGCACGACGGCGCGCCCGGCAGCGGCUGCGGCCCCAGCGGACACGUGAUGGCUUCGGACGGCGCCGCGCCCCGCGCCGGCCUCGCCUGGUCCCCCUGCAGCCGCCGGCAGCUGCUGAGCCUGCUCAGGACGGGCGCGCUGCGUGUGGGACCCGCCGCGGCCUCAACCCGGGUCCGCGGGGCACCCGCCGGAUGCGCAGCCUGGCCUCUACUACAGCGCCAACGAGCAGUGCCGCGUGGCCUUCGGCCCCAAGGCUGUCGCCUGCACCUUCGCCAGGGAGCACCUGGUGAGUCUGCCGGCGGUGGCCUGGGAUUGGCUGUGAGGUCCCUCCGCAUCACCCAGCUCACGUCCCCCCAAACGUGCAUGGAUAUGUGCCAGGCCCUCUCCUGCCACACAGACCCGCUGGACCAAAGCAGCUGCAGCCGCCUCCUCAUUCCUCUCCUGGAUGGGACAGAAUGUGGCGUGGAGAAGUGGUGCUCCAAGGGUCGCUGCCGCUCCCUGGUGGAGCUGACCCCCAUAGCAGCAGUGCAUGGGCGCUGGUCUAGCUGGGGUCCCCAAAGUCCUUGCUCCCGCUCCUGUGGAGGAGGUGUGGUCACCAGGAGGCGGCAGUGCAACAACCCCAGACCUGCCUUUGGGGGGCGUGCAUGUGUUGGUGCUGACCUCCAGGCCGAGAUGUGCAACACUCAGGCCUGCGAGAAGACCCAGCUGGAGUUCAUGUCGGAACAGUGUGCCAGGACCGACGGCCAGCCGCUGCGCUCCUCCCCUGGCGGUGCCUCCUUCUACCACUGGGGUGCUGCUGUACCACACAGCCAAGGGGAUGCUCUGUGCAGACACAUGUGCCGGGCCAUUGGCGAGAGCUUCAUCAUGAAGCGUGGAGACAGCUUCCUCGAUGGGACCCGGUGUAUGCCAAGUGGCCCCCGGGAGGACGGGACCCUGAGCCUGUGUGUGUCGGGCAGCUGCAGGACAUUUGGCUGUGACGGCAGGAUGGACUCCCAGCAGGUAUGGGACAGGUGCCAGGUGUGUGGUGGGGACAACAGCACGUGCAGCCCACGGAAGGGCUCUUUCACAGCUGGCAGAGCGAGAGAAUAUGUCACAUUUCUGACAGUUACCCCCAACCUGACCAGUGUCUACAUUGCCAACCACAGGCCUCUCUUCACACACUUGGCGGUGAGGAUCGGAGGGCGCUAUGUCGUGGCUGGGAAGAUGAGCAUCUCCCCUAACACCACCUACCCCUCCCUCCUGGAGGAUGGUCGUGUCGAGUAUAGAGUGGCCCUCACCGAGGACCGGCUGCCCCACCUGGAGGAGAUCCGCAUCUGGGGACCCCUGCAGGAAGAUGCUGACAUCCAGGUUUACAGGCGGUAUGGCGAGGAGUAUGGCAACCUCACCCGCCCAGACAUCACCUUCACCUACUUCCAGCCUAAGCCACGGCAGGCCUGGGUGUGGGCCGCUGUGCGUGGGCCCUGCUCGGUGAGCUGUGGGGCAGGGCUGCGCUGGGUAAACUACAGCUGCCUGGACCAGGCCAGGAAGGAGUUGGUGGAGACUGUCCAGUGCCAAGGGAGCCAGCAGCCACCAGCGUGGCCAGAGGCCUGCGUGCUCGAACCCUGCCCUCCCUACUGGGCGGUGGGAGACUUCGGCCCAUGCAGCGCCUCCUGUGGGGGCGGCCUGCGGGAGCGGCCAGUGCACUGCGUGGAGGCCCAGGGCAGCCUCCUGAAGACAUUGCCCCCAGCCCGGUGCAGAGCAGGGGCCCAGCAGCCAGCUGUGGCGCUAGAAACCUGCAACCCCCAGCCCUGCCCUGCCAGGUGGGAGGUGUCAGAGCCCAGCUCAUGCACAUCAGCUGGUGGAGCAGGCCUGGCCUUGGAGAACGAGACCUGUGUGCCAGGGGCAGAUGGCUUGGAGGCUCCAGUGACUGAGGGGCCUGGCUCCGUAGAUGAGAAGCUGCUUGCCCCUGAGCCCUGUGUCGGGAUGUCAUGCCCUCCAGGCUGGGGCCAUCUGGAUGCCACCUCUGCAGGGGAGAAGGCUCCCUCCCCAUGGGGCAGCAUCAGGAUGGGGGCUCAAGCCGCACACAUGUGGACCCCUGCGGCGGGGUCGUGCUCCGUCUCCUGCGGGCGAGGUCUGAUGGAGCUGCGUUUCCUGUGCAUGGACUCUGCCCUCAGGGUGCCUGUCCAGGAAGAGCUGUGUGGCCUGGCAAGCAAGCCUGGGAGCCGGCGGGAGGUCUGCCAGGCUGUCCCGUGCCCUGCUCGGUGGCGGUACAAGCUGGCGGCCUGCAGCGUGAGCUGUGGGGGAGGGGUCGUGCGGAGGAUCCUGUAUUGUGCCCGGGCCCAUGGGGAGGAUGAUGGUGAGGAGAUCCUGUUGGACACCCAGUGCCAGGGGCUGCCUCGCCCGGAAGCCCAGGAGGCCUGCAGCCUGGAGCCCUGCCCUCCUAGGUGGAAAGUCAUGUCCCUUGGCCCAUGUUCGGCCAGCUGUGGCCUUGGCACUGCUAGACGCUCGGUGGCCUGUGUGCAGCUCGACCAAGGCCAGGACGUGGAGGUGGAUGAGGCGGCCUGUGUGGCGCUGGUGCGGCCCCAGGCCAGUGUCCCCUGUCUCAUUGCUGACUGCACCUACCGCUGGCAUGUUGGCACCUGGAUGGAGUGCUCUGUUUCCUGUGGGGAUGGCAUCCAGCGCCGGCGUGACACCUGCCUCGGACCCCAGGUCCAGGCGCCUGUGCCGGCUGAUUUCUGCCAGCACUUGCCCAAGCCGGUGACUGUGCGUGGCUGCUGGGCUGGGCCCUGUGUGGGACAGGGUACGCCCAGCCUGGUGCCCCACGAAGAAGCCGCUGCUCCAGGACGGACCACAGCCACCCCUGCUGGUGCCUCCCUGGAGUGGUCCCAGGCCCGGGCCCUGCUCUUCUCCCCGGCUCCCCAGCCUCGGCGGCUCCUGCCCGGGCCCCAGGAAAACUCAGUGCAGUCCAGUGCCUGUGGCAGGCAGCACCUUGAGCCAACAGGAACCAUUGACAUGCGAGGCCCAGGGCAGGCAGACUGUGCAGUGGCCAUUGGGCGGCCCCUCGGGGAGGUGGUGACCCUCCGCGUCCUUGAGAGUUCUCUCAACUGCAGUGCGGGGGACAUGUUGCUGCUCUGGGGCCGGCUCACCUGGAGGAAGAUGUGCAGGAAGCUGUUGGACAUGACUUUCAGCUCCAAGACCAACACGCUGGUGGUGAGGCAGCGCUGCGGGCGGCCAGGAGGCGGGGUGCUGCUGCGGUAUGGGAGCCAGCUUGCUCCUGAAACCUUCUACAGAGAAUGUGACAUGCAGCUCUUUGGGCCCUGGGGUGAAAUCGUGAGCCCCUCGCUGAGUCCAGCCACGAGUAAUGCAGGGGGCUGCCGGCUCUUCAUUAAUGUGGCUCCGCACGCACGGAUUGCCAUCCAUGCCCUGGCCACCAACAUGGGCGCUGGGACCGAGGGAGCCAAUGCCAGCUACAUCUCGAUCCGGGACACCCACAGCUUGAGGACCACAGCGUUCCAUGGGCAGCAGGUGCUCUACUGGGAGUCAGAGAGCAGCCAGGCUGAGAUGGAGUUCAGCGAGGGCUUCCUGAAGGCUCAGGCCAGCCUGCGGGGCCAGUACUGGACCCUCCAAUCAUGGGUACCGGAGGUGCAGGACCCUCAGUCCUGGAAGGGAAAGGAAGGAACCUGAGGGUCAUUGAACAUUUGUUCCGUGUCUGGCCAGCCCUGGAGGGUUGACCUCUGGUCUCAGUGCUUUCCAAUUCGAACUUUUUCCAAUCUUAGGUAUCUACUUUAGAGUCUUCUCCAAUGUCCAAAAGGCUAGGGGGUUGGAGGUGGGGACUCUGGAAAAGCAGCCCCCAUUUCCUCGGGUACCAAUAAAUAAAACAUGCAGGCUGA